AUGUCGCUCACUCCCCCAGCCUAUCUCAGCUCUCUGCAAAAUAACAUUCGAGCCCGCCCAAUCCCUUGGGAUGGCGCUGUGCGUGCCGGAAACCUCACUGAGGACCACCUUAAGAAGAUCAGAUCAGUCGAUAAAGUGAGAAAGGACCAGCGCAAGCAGACCAUUGAAAAAGAUGUACAGAGCUACAGCACCCUUUUGGUCGGCGCUGAUCGAGGUGGGAGUGUGUUGGAGAAAGCUUCCAAACGCAGCGACAUUCUCCAGUACAUGCUUGUCCUCGCCACAGAUCUGAUCAGUGAUGUACCCGAGUUGGCUUCGGCCAUUCUUCAGCAGCCGGAGCCUUACAAGAUAUUUAUUUCUCUACUCAACCAGAGCAACAACCCAGAAGAUCCCAUCCCACUCUUCUCUGCCACGUUUCUGGUCAACCUAAUCUCCAGCUCACUGACGACUUCUCCCAAGUCUGCUCAGAGAGACGAUGAAGCACUUCCACAGCUCUAUACAUACCUCUCGAAACUGGUCAAGAAUCAAGACAGUGGCCUCCAAGAUAUAGGAGUACAGCAUAUCUCACAAUUACUACGUACAAGCCGAUCCAAAGAGCUGUUCUGGAAGCAACGGGAUGACACGGUGGAUCCCCUCUUUGACAUCCUGAGAAAAGCCGUUGGUGCCACGAAAGACAACGAUUCUACGUUAUGGGGUGGCAAUACUAGCAUUCGAAGUAGCGACACCCGAUUUGGUGGUGGAGUUGGACUACAGCUCAUGUAUCAUGUUUUGCUUGUGGUAUGGCAGCUCAGCUUUGAGGGUGAGCUAGUUGGAGAGGGUUUGGAGAAGGACCAAGAAAUUAUCCCCCUGUAUACACAACUGCUACGGCUCUCACCAAAGGAAAAGACGACUCGACUACUCUUGGCUACGCUCAACAACAUCCUCUCCACCAAUCAAGAGACACUGAUUGCUGCUGCCACGACGGCCAGGCUUCCGGCGCUGUUGACCAAUCUUUCGGGACGGCAUCUGACAGACCCUGAUCUCUUGGAGGAUCUAACAGACUUGAAGGAUUUGUUAGAAGAGUACACUAAGAACCAGACAACCUUUGACGAGUAUGCCGAUGAGGUCAAUUCCGGGCACUUGCGAUGGAGUCCCCCACAUCGAAAUCCUACCUUUUGGCGAGAAAAUGCGCGCAAGAUUGUGCAGGACAAGAAAGGAGAGCUUCCCAAGAAACUGGCCGAGAUCUUGGCCAAGGGAUGGGAGAGUGACAAGAAGGUGCUGGCGAUUGGAUGUAACGAUGUGGGACAUUUGGUCAAGGAAGUGCCAGAACAACGAAGCACCCUGGAAAAGCUGGGACUGAAGGCCCGGCUAUUAGAGUUGAUGAGUGACUCGGAUGAAAGCGUGCGGUGGGAGAGUCUCAAGGCAGUUGGAGAAUGGAUGCGUUAUACGUUUGAGAAGUGA